AUGAGUCGUGGAAGUGCCGCAGCUCCAAAGGGGAAGAAGAAGGGAGUUUCCUUCGCCAUUGAUUGUUCUACUGUUGAUGACAAGAUCAUGGAGAUUGCUUCCUUAGAGAAGUUUCUUCAGGAGAGGAUUAAGGUUGGUGGUAAAGCCGGUGCUCUCGGUGAUUCCGUCUCAAUCACUCGUGACAAGAACAAGAUCACCGUCACCUCUGAUGGCCAAUUCUCCAAGAGAUACCUAAAGUACUUGACAAAGAAGUACCUGAAGAAGCACAAUGUCAGAGAUUGGCUCAGAGUGAUCGCAGCCAACAAGGACCGUAACCUCUAUGAGUUGAGGUACUUCAACAUUGCUGAGAACGAAGCUGAGGAAGAAGACUAAAUAAACCAAGAUUUUUUUUCUGAUCAUCUCUUCCUCUUAGUUGGUUUUUGAUUCUACUACGAUUAUCUCUCUUCUGGUUAGAUAUUAUCUAGUUUGGUUGAAGGGAUACAUUUUGUUUUGUUACUGCUUAUUGAGCUUCUAUGGAGUCUUGUUUUUUUCCAGACAGUUAUUUCGGUAAACCGAGUGGAGUUUCGCAAAUCUUUCGUUCCAAAAUUUGUUUUGUUGAUGUUAAGGGUACUAC